AUGGCUGAGAUGUAUGACCACACGAUCCAUUCUCGCAAUACAUUCCACAACGGUUUACCCACACCAGACAGCGAGCUUGAAAACAACAAGCACCGGCGACCUUCGCUUUAUGCAACACCAGUACCACACAGCAACAUCGCCAUGCUUUGCCAUACUCCAGAUGAAUUAGUCCAGGCAAUCCAGCAGUUCACAAAACAAGAUGACACCGUCAUCCCAGGACUGGAGGCCAUGCAAGAGCACUACUCAUUGGCGUUCCAGAACCAGCAAAACGAUCAUCGCUGUCCAGCCGAAGAUCUCGACCAGCUCUCGUUCUACUUCAACAUUUUCGAUCGACUGUUCUUCUUCAGCUCGCUUCAGAACUUAUGUGCAAUACGACUUAAGUCCAUAGAAGGACAUCACGCAGGGCAGCUAGACAGCCACCGCAGCAACUGGCGAACAGAAGUCCCUCCAACUCAUGCUUGUUUGAUCACAAUCAGCGAUCUGACAACGACGAAACCUCCUUUACCAUAUCAAAAACGCAUGAAGAAAUAUCUUGGAACCCUGCUUCACGAGAUGCUCCAUGCUUACUUCGAGGUAUAUGGCUGUAUGUGCACUGAAGUGUGUACAUGGCGAUACAACACGCUGGUGGGUAUCCAUGGCAGUUCGUGGCAAGACGCAGCUCUGGCGAUCGAAAAUGCAACUUGCCGACUUGUUGGCGAGAGGAUAGACCUAGGACGAGUCGAUAGCUUGGCUAUGAAUUGGAUAGCGGCUAAGAGUAUGCCAGUUGAAGGAACGCUGGAUCUUGCUUCGUGGGGUAUGACUUACGCAGAAGUAAGAACCGCGUAUGAUUAUUAUGUUGAGUUGUACCAUAAGUAG